AUGAGUGCGAAGGACGUUAAGGGAUUAACUCGCAAGGCUUCUGGAAAGUUUGUAUUUGAUUCAAAAACAGCAAAGGGCUCAAUAGUAUGGUGUGAGUCUGCACCAUCGGUCUUAAAUGACCCAGAUAGUCUUUUUGCAAAAUGUAUUGUCCAAGUAGGGUCUACUCCAGAAAAACUUCUUUUGAAGGAAGUUGAUACUAAUACCACUUUUGAAGCGAAGAUAGAUAGCUGUUAUAUUGCCAAUGAACCUUUUGAUCCAAAUGCUUAUCAAGAUAUUGGUUUAGUUCCAUACACCUCUAUUCCUUGUGUAUUAGACUUUUUAAAGCAGAGGUACCUCGUAAAUCAGAUAUAUACUACUGCAGAUCCAUUACUCGUUGCAAUCAACCCAUUUAAAGAUGUCGGAUUAGUCGGAAAUGAUACAAUAAUAAACUACAGAGAUACAAAUGAUAUCUCAAAAUUACCUCCGCAUGUAUUUGCCAUUGCGAAAAGGGCAUUCGACAAUAUUAUGACUGUUUCAAGGUGCCAAUCUAUUUUGGUUUGUGGUGAAUCGGGUGCAGGAAAGACUGAAGCAACCAAGCAUGUGAUGAAGUUCUUUGCAUCUUCAAAAAGUGGAACAAUGGACCUGAAAAUUCAGAAUGCAAUUAUGGCUGCAAACCCAGUUCUUGAAGCAUUUGGAAAUGCAAAAACAAUUCGUAAUAACAAUUCAUCUAGAUUCGGUCGUUUUAUGCAACUUCAAUUGGGUAAGAUGGGAGGUAUUGAGUAUGGUGUUGUGCGUAACUUUUUGUUGGAGAAGUCACGUGUAAUUACACAAGAAAGCCUUGAAAGAAGCUACCACAUUUUUUACCAAUUAAUAAAAGGAGCUGAAACUGUUCCGGGAUUAAAAGAGAAGUUAAAGCUGAAGAAUUUGAACGAAUACAAAUUUAUUAAUCCAGAAUGUUUGGAUGUAGACACUAUCGAUGAUGUUCAAGAUUUCAAGGAUGUUAUGAAGAGCCUUAAAACAAUGGGUCUUUCAGACGUUCAAAUUGAGGACAUUCUUUCUUUAGUUUCUGGAAUUUUAUUGCUUGGAAAUGUUGAGAUUGACCCAGAAGAUGUUGGUGGAGGAGUUGAGGGGUCAAAAAUUGCAGAUUCAAGCAGAGAAACCUUUAAUAAUGCCAUGGAUCUCUGUAAACUAGACAAAGAAGCCGUAGAAAAGGAACUUACUGUUAAGAUUUCUUAUGCUGGUAAGAAUGUUAUCGAAGGAAGAUUCAGACCAGAUGAAACAAGAAUGCUUAAAGAUUCACUAGCAAAAGGAUUAUACGACAAGUUAUUUGACUAUAUUAUUUCGAAUCUAAACGAAAACAUUAAACCACCAUCAGGAUUUAAAAUAUUCUGUGGUAUGCUUGACAUCUUUGGUUUUGAAGUUUUCAAAAACAACUCUCUGGAGCAACUAUUUAUUAAUGUUACUAAUGAGUAUUUACAAAAGAACUUCACUGAUAUUGUCUUUGAAAAGGAGCAAAGUCUUUACAAUAGUGAAGGAAUCUCAGCGGCCAACUUAGUGUUCAAAUCUAACAAAACGGUUCUAGAGGUUUUAUGCGAUAAAAAAAAUUCAAUUCUUUCUGCAAUGGAAGACCAAUGUUUGGUCCCAAAUGGAACAGAUGAAAAGUUCCUAUCUGCAGCAUAUAAUAAUUUGAAAAGCAACCCAUGUUUAAGACCAGCUAAGAUUAGUGGUGAUGUAAACUUUAUCGUUUCUCAUACAAUUGGAGAUAUUCAAUACUGCGCAUCUGGAUUCCUCUUUAAGAACAAGGAUGUCCUUAGAGCUGAGCUCGUAGAAGUUGUACAAAAGUCACCAAAUAAAUUAGUUGCAGAUCUUUUCAAGGAUGUCUUUGUUGAAAGAGGUAAAAUGGCUAAGGGUCAAUUAAUUGGUUCACAAUUUAUGAACUCUUUAGGAUCGCUUAUGUCAAUUGUAAAUGAAACAGAACCACAUUUCAUUAGAUGUGUCAAACCAAACGAAUCAAAGAAACCACUUGAUUGGUUGUCAUCUAAAGUUUUGAUUCAGCUACACUCACUCUCAAUCCUAGAAGCUUUGCAGCUCCGUAACUUAGGGUUCUCGUAUAGAAGAACAUUUUCAGAGUUUAUCUUCCAGUUUAAAUAUUGCGAUAUGGCAGCUGCAAAUGAUAAAAAAACCGAUCCUAAAGUUCUCGCUGAGAGGAUGUUAUCUAAUACAAAUAUACCAAGGAAUGCAUGGGCAAUUGGUAAAACCAUGGUUUUCUUAUCUAAAGAUGCUUCAAAAAGAAUGGCACAACUUCAACGUGAAAAACUCGCUGCGUUCGAACCGCUUGUACUGUUAUUGGAAGCUGUAUAUUUGAGAUACAAGUUGCGCAGAGAAUUUAGGAAGAAUCAACUUAAACCACUCAUGAGAAUUCAAGCACAAUUAAGAAGAGUGUUAGAUGUUGAAGUUUCGGUAAUAAAUUAA